AUGGCUGAUAACAAUAAUAUAGAUAAUCGAAAUAAUACUUACAACAAUAUAUCUCCAGAUUCACAAGAUCGAUUGUGUGAAAUGCUCUCACCAACACAAGUGAAUAUUGAAGAAGGGCACAAUGAUAUUGUUAUGAAGAAAGAAUCGAAAUGUCAUGGCAAUCGAAAAUUGCAACAUUUCAAACGAAAAUGUCGAGCACGAGAUUUAACAGAAGAACAAAUUAUUGCAUUAAUUCGUACAAGAAAUGAUGAAAUAUCUGAACAACUACGUAUGAGAUAUUCUAAGAACUAA